CAGCAGGAAAUCGACCCUGAGCCGGCCACUGCUUUUGCUUCUCUGCAGCUCUUUAAAUAACAACUCGCUGUAAUUGUCUGCUUGCAAUAUUUAAAACUCAUUCACUUACAAAACAAAAAAAAAGAAAAAAAGCCCGAAAUAUCUCGUUGUGUGAGCCUUUUUCUUUCUAACAGAGUCACACUAAUCUCCCUGACUAAUAGACUGAAUGUCUUCUGGCAGCUUCACAAUGAAAGCGCCCCCGUGGUGGUUCACUGUUUGAACACUGUCAAUGAGGUACAGAAAGCUGGCCCUGAGGUGGCACCCGGACAAAAACCCGGAGAACAAGGAGGAGGCCGAGCAGAAGUUUAAGGAGCUGUCGGAGGCGUACGAAGUCCUGUCAGAUGCCAACAAGAGGAGCCUAUAUGAUCGCUACGGCAAAGAGGGACUGACAGGGAGUAACGGAGGAAGAGGGGGCCAUUUCCACAACGGAGACCAUUUCCACGAACAGUUCACAUUCCGCAACCCGGAGGAUGUCUUCAGGGAAUUCUUCGGCGGCAGAGACCCGUUUGCAGACUUGUUCGGCGCAGACCCUUUUAGCGACGAUCCUUUUUUCAGCAGCGGCCGGCAGCACCAAAAUCGGGGAAGUCGCAGCCGGACGGGCGGCUCGUUUUUCGGAGGCUUUGUCGGCUUCCCCGCCUUCGGCGCCGGCUUCUCACCUUUUGACCCAGGCUUCGGUUCGUUUGGCUCCAUGGGUCAUAUGGGUCAUAUGAGUCACAUGGGUCACAUGGGUCACAUGGGUCACAUGGCAACCAUGGGCAGUAUGGGAGGUGGAGGCUUUACCUCUUUCUCUUCCACCUCCUUUGGAGGAGGAGGAGGAGGAGGUGGAGGAGGCGGAGGGGGCAUGGGCAACUUCCGCUCUGUGUCCACCUCCACCAAGAUCAUCAACGGCAGGAAGAUCACUACUAAAAGAAUUGUGGAGAACGGUCAGGAGCGGGUGGAGGUGGAGGAGGACGGGCAGCUGCGGUCGUUAACCAUUAACGGCAAGGAGCAGCUGCUGCGACUGAAACACAAGUGAGGACGGGGGGGGGAAAACAUCCUCUGCUGGAGAAGUUUUACCUCAGCACAAACAUACCAACAAACUUGAGCUUGAAACAGGAGGAGGGAGGGAAAAAAAAAAAAAAAAGCAACAAACCAGUGUAAUAAUAGUGCUCUACUAUAGUUUGAUGUACAUAUUUAGGUUGUGUUUAUUUCCCCUUUAUGUCCUCUCCCUGCUGACUUCUUGUAUGUGAACCGAGGAUUCAGAUCAAGAGGAUUUGGAUGCAGAACUUUUCUAUGCAUUUUUUUUUUUUUUUUUUUUUGGUUCAUGUAUUUCUGAAUUGGAGCUGUCAUUAUAUUUUGGCUCAGGGUGGUGUUAUUGUUUCAGUGUUUUUUUGGGGACCACAGUAUUGUUUUGAUGUAAAUGACCAGACCCCUGACCCCCCCCCCUCUUCCAGUACUUCCUGUAUACACUCCACUGUGUGUCAGUGUGUGUUCAGAAAACAAAACCCAACUUUGCUUUUUCAUCUCAACAUUACCAAAAAAAAAAAAAAAAAAAAAAAAAGAGUUGAAUUUGAUUUUAUCAGAAUUGGAACAGUUGAAGCAUCUUUCCCCCCGUUUCUGUUCACCGCUUGUCUAACCCCCUCUUAGUAAUAAUUCUUUUUUUUAUAUU